AGAGUGAUCAAGAUCAGGGGAUUUAUAAAGAAGAAUUUUACACAUACUACAACACAUUUAAAUGCGACAAUUUUCUAAAACAAUUUUCUACAAUUUAAUAUUAUUGUUAUAUUUUCAUAUCCAUGGAAAGAAAUCAGUGUUUUGUAUAGACAACGAAGCUUAAUGAAUUUCAUUUCAUUGGAUUGUUACAGUUUCUUUUUAAACAGUGAGCUAUACUUGAGAUAAGUUACGUGGAAACUCUAAACUUUUAUAAAAAUGUCGGUGGAGUUACCUACCGUGUUUUUAUCACACGGCGCUGGGCCGUCUUUUUAUCUGGAUGCCAAAAGCAACCCUUUCUUCAAGGGUCUUGAUAAAGAUUCAAGGGCUGCCGACUUUCUCCGAAACUUUACGAAAACCGCCGACAUAAGUAAACCGGAAACAGUUUUAGUAAUUAGUGCGCAUUGGGAAGAAAAGGCGGUAACUGUUAAUACGAAUUCUAAACAUUCUCUGUAUUACGAUUAUGGUGGAUUUCCACCGGAAACUUACAAGCUUGAUUGGCCGGUUCUCGGAUCACCGGAAAAGGCGAAGAAAGUGGUAGAGGCGCUUAAUGAAGCCGGGAUACAAUGCAGGGAAAAUCCAACGAGGGGUUUGGAUCAUGGCGUCUUCGUGCCACUGAAAUUAGUGUUUCCUAAAGCUGAUGUUCAGGUGAUCCAGAUCUCUCUUCUUCGGAGCAUGAACAUCGCGGACCAUUUAGCGAUCGGAGAAGCGCUUGGGAGACUCCGCUCACAAGGCGUCCUCAUAGUCGGAAGUGGUUUUGCCACGCACAAGGGCGGCACCAAUGGCACUCCACCGCCGAAAUGGGCUGUCGAGUUCAGAGAUUGGCUCCAUGACGUCAUUUCCGGCGAAAAUUACUCACCGGAAGAACGUAAAGUGAAACUGUUGGCGUGUGAAAAAGAGGCGCCAAAUAUUGCACGUGCCCACCCGAGUAUUGAACAUUUUAUACCGCUUCUCAUGUGUUCAGCGGCUGCAGGGUAUAAACCUGGGAAGCUGAUGCUUUCUGAAUUUCACAUGGGAAGUUUGCUUAACGAACACUAUCUGUUUUAGGGCAAUGUUGUGCCGUAGUUUGACACAGACGUGGUUUAAUUUAUAGUGACUACAAACACUCGGUCGAUUUAUUCGAGUCACCACUAGCAUCUAUCAUCAUCAUUAUCAUCAUCAUCAUUAUCAUCAUCAUCAUCAUCAUCAUCACCAUCACCAUCAUCAUCAUCAUCAUCAUCAUCAUCAUCAUCAUCAUCAGUAGCGUCAUAAUUAUUAUGAUCACCACAUUUAAAAUCGACUAGAACUGUCUAUAAUAUACUUCCAUAAAAGAGGAUGAGAGAAUAUUUGUAAAAUAAUAUAAAGAAAUAUCAGUGAAAUAUUACAAAUAAAAUAACAAGGACGACGAUGGCGGCGGCAACGAAGACGGUGGUGCUGAAAGUAUCAAAAAUGGUUAAUGGCUGUAACGUCCUGGGGCCGUAUUCAUAAACCAUUUUAAGUCAAAAAUACUGCGUAACAGUUUCAGUUUCGAUAUAGUGGACUGGGAUUUUCCAAAAUAAUCGACACCGAGGACAGCGCACAAGCUCGGCGAAUCUUUCCACCAUUUUCGCAUUUCUUUGUUAAGUUUACUUUUAUGAUGGUAAUAAUGGCUCCAAUUACAGGCAGACGAACGCAAUACUUUGUGCAACUAUUGUUAAGGAAUGUAUGAAACAUUUUUCGUAUUUUCAAUUAUGUGUCAUUAUUUAUUAUUAUAAUUAUAAUUACAUGUCUCAAGGAGAAUGAUGUCUUUAUUUUGUAUUUAUAUUUGACGUAUUGAGUGGCACUCGUACAUUAUUUACAUCAGACAUUUUCAUAAUAAUUAUUGCAAUAAACUUGUGCUAUUGUUUGCUCAGUGUGGGAGGUUUAAAGCUGCCCUCUCACAGAUUGACAUUUUCUACUUUUAUUUAAAUUAUUUUUGUCGUCGAAUCAGCUAAAUUUGGCAUCAAUACCUUCAAUUUAUUUCUAUAAAUAAACUCACAAUAUAAAAGAUCUCAUUUAAUUGAAAAACUGCCGAAAACUAUUUUUUCUUCUUAUAGCUGCACUCUCACAGAUUGACCAUUUUUACAACUUUCUUAUUUUUUUGUCUUGGAAAGAGCAAAUUUUUGCGUAAAUAUCUGCAAACCAAUGAUAUAAGAUUGAUGAGAAAAACCAGAUCGUAAAGAAACUCAAUAUGAAGUGUGGUAUUCUAAACGGUAUCGUUAAGAGGACCAAAAUAUAUUACUAAGUCGAAUAGACAUGGGCCAUUUAAUUAAUGAAAAUAAAACUUGAACUUAU